GCCUAUUCGUGAUUUCCCACACUCAGUUGGAGUGACUUGACCAAGACCAAUACCAUGCCUCGCGCUACAGGCUUCCGCGAGUCGCUUUAUGUGAUUUUGUUGGUGAUGUGUCUUAGCACUUCUGCUCAGAAAUAUGUGGGUCAAGUCGGUCCACCAGGCCCAACUGGUGUCCCGGGAUUCGACGGAAUUGCCGGGGAAAGAGGUGAAGAUGGAGACGUUGGCUCUGCAGGACUUGAUGGUGAGCCUGGAAAACCUGGUUCUGCUGGACUUCCUGGACUGCCUGGAGAUGAUGGUUUGACUGGACCCACGGGAGAUGCUGGCCCAAGUGGCCCCAUUGGACAAAAGGGAGAGCCAGGAAAACCUGGACAUCGGGGAGAAGCUGGUAUUGGGCCUGAUGGACCCCUGGGACCACCAGGGCCUGGUGGACUUCCAGGUGAACUUGGUAAAGUUGGCCCGACUGGAGCCAUGGGUGUCAGAGGGCCAGAAGGACCCCGUGGGCCAACAGGACCUCGUGGUGCUGCAGGCAGUCAGGGUGGGACAAUGGAACUGUGCCCCAAUGCGUGUCCACCUGGCACACCUGGCCACCCUGGAUUACCUGGCAUGAAAGGCCACAAAGGUGUGAAGGGUGAGGCCGGAGAACCAGGUAAACAGGGACACAUGGGAGAAGUGGGAGACCAGGGUGCCCCUGGAGAGGUUGGAGCCUAUGGCUCAAGAGGUCUGCAGGGGAUUCAAGGAGCCACUGGAAUUAUGGGUUCCAAAGGAGAAAUGGGACCACGGGGCAAUGAUGGUGAUCCAGGUCCUCAGGGGGUCGUUGGUGCUACUGGUGAUCAAGGACAGAGGGGCUUAAUGGGAGAAUCUGGUCCUAGGGGAGAACAAGGAUCACAGGGACAAAGAGGCAUCACUGGACUUCCAGGGCCAAAGGGUGAGAGUGGUUUACCCGGUGUAGCUGGGCGUGAUGGAAUUCCUGGAUUACCUGGAGUUAAGGGCAGCCUUGGGAAAUCUGGAAACCCUGGAGAGGUCGGACUUCAAGGAAUACCUGGCUUACCUGGUGUUUCAGGACCAAAGGGAGCCCAAGGUGAAAAGGGCAAUGCUGGAAAGCCAGGCCUUCUUGGAACUAUGGGAUCUGCUGGGAAGCCUGGAGAACGUGGAAAUCAUGGAGAAGUUGGACCUGUUGGCCCAAUUGGUGGAUCGGGAGAUAGAGGUGAGCCAGGGCCAACUGGACCUAUGGGGAACCCAGGAUCUAGAGGCUCUAAAGGUGACGCUGGUCUUCCUGGACUUCCUGGAUCACCAGGCACACCUGGAGAGAAAGGUCAAAGGGGGGACCAAGGGGAAAUCGGAUCUAAAGGAGAACAGGGAGGGCAAGGUGCAGAGGGAUCCCCUGGAGACAAAGGAGAUGUUGGGGAGCCUGGAGAACCUGGACCUAAAGGAACAACUGGUAAUCCAGGAGAACGUGGGAACAGAGGCCCUGAAGGUGCCCGUGGGCAGCCUGGCAUCGAGGGACCCACAGGUAGUCCUGGACCCCGUGGUGUACAGGGGAACCGAGGAGUUCCAGGUCCUCGUGGUUCUCAGGGCCCUGCAGGGAAAGGGCCAGGUGAUCAGAACAUUAAACAAGUUUGUAUGCGAGUAAUGCAGGAGCAACUGGCCCAGCUAGCUGCCAGUCUGAGGCGGCCUGAGUCUGGUGCUAUUGGUCUGCCUGGCAGACCUGGGCCCCCUGGUCCUCCAGGUUUGCCAGGAGACAGUGGUUUCCCUGGACAAGCUGGUGCAAGAGGACUCCCUGGCCUCAAAGGGCCUCCUGGAACAAUAGGUCUUAAAGGGCCUAAAGGUGAAACCGGAGAUAGAGGAGAUAGAGGGCAAACUGUACGAGGUCCAAAAGGGAUGCCAGGACCACCUGGACUGCCAGGUGAGCCUGGUAAGCCAGCGUAUGGUCAAGAUGGCCAUGAUGGUGGAAGUGGUUUACCAGGUCUUCCUGGACAGCCUGGUGUUCCUGGACCUCCUGGCCCUGCAGGACCUUCUGGUCACUGUGACCCAUCAGCAUGCAACUUAGGGACUGCUUCCCAGUCUCUCACAAACUAUGACCUUAAAGGGCCAGCUGGUUACUGAGGUUUUUUUUCUGGACACAAAAAUAUAGACAGUAUGUUGUGUAUAGGAGUAUUGUUUUGUACUUUUUUUUACAUUAAA